AUGGAUGUCGGCAAAGCAGAGGAUGUAGGCAAAAUUGAGUUGAUUCCACGACCUCUUCCUGUUGGAGAUCAAAUAGUCAUUCAAAAACCUCUAUCUAGAAGAGGUAGAGGUCCAGGAUUGUUAAUUCUAAUUUCGGAAAGCUACACUCCACGAACUGACCUAAAGACCCUUGAUCCAGAGCCUUGCCAGAAAUGGGCAGAAGAAGGUUUUGUUGUUGUGAACAUUACAAUUCCUGAUCACGCACCAGAAGGUGAUAUUGAUUUGGAACAUUAUUUGCAUUCGGGUCGCCAGGCUCUAAAAACGUCGCCAGAAUGCACCGAUCCUGAUAAAUUGGGACUUAUUUUUUAUGCUGGAAACUUGGAUGGAAGCGUGUAUACUGAUACUGCCUUGAAAUUGAUAAGCCGGGAAAUAUUCUUGGUUGCUAUUCUUUUCACAGAUGACACAAAAAAGCUCACUGCAGAGCUUACGCAUGCAUCUAUGCCUCCAUUAAUGGUUCAUAGCUCCAAUAGCUUACAUAACCCUUUGUUGCGAGCUGAUGAUGUCGCUCAUGUAUAUGAUACAAACUCUACAAACUUCAUCCUCCCCAGUCAUGAUGACUAUAAAUCAGGGGCUGCAAGUUUGGCACAUACUAGAAGUCUUGGGUUCAUCAAAAAACACCUCGGGGGACCCAUAUUUGAUCUUGAGGCUAUCUGGGAUGAGCAUACACUUUUUGAAUUUGGUGAACGGAAUGUUGAGAAAACGAUGAGUACCAUGGUUGAUCAACCAUAUGUGAAUCAUAUUCCAACCAUGACAGGUGGCAUUGGAAGAGGACCUCUCACACACUUCUACAGCAAUCAUUUCAUUUUCAGUAACCCUAAAGAUACAGAGCUUGAACUCGUUAGUCGGACCGUUGGUGUGGAUCGAGUCGUUGAUGAAUUCAUUUUCAGUUUCACGCAUGAUAAAAUGAUAGAUUGGAUUCUUCCAGGAGUUCCGCCAACACACAAGCAUGCACGGGUCCCAUUCACUUCCGUGGUUAACGUUCGUGGUGAUCGUUUAUACCAUGAACAUAUUGCCUGGGAUCAAGCCACUGCCCUCCGACAGCUCGGCCUCAUACCCGACUACCUUCCCUUCCCAUACCCUCUUCCUGAUGGCCGACUUCCUGCUAAGGGCAAGCGAUUCGAAUACCGAGUACCCACGGCUGGCGUAGAAACGGCUCAAAAACUGGUCGAUGAGAGUAGUGUGGCGAGCAAUGGGUUGUUUGGAUUUGACAUUCGGGAAGUGGAUGACAUAUGA